UCUUUAUCUCUCUUCUAUCCCUGCUUCGCUUUCGUUUCAAUUGUUAUCCUGUUUUUCAUUUGGAUUCGCCAAGUGAAGAUAUAUAGGGAAAAUUCCCACGAAAUCAAACCCCUAAAUUUGCGCUUAAAAAUUUCCCCGUUCUUCAACGAUUUUUGGUUCUCUCUCUCUCUCUAUCCUUAUUCUUCUUCUUCAAUUUGUUCGCCCCUACUUUUUCCUGAUCAAGCCGUUGAUGUUCUGUAGGGAAUCGUUGAAAUUUCUGUUUGAUUAAUAUUUCAGUGGGUCGGGUUUUGAAUUUCGUGCGGAUUGAGUUAAUUUCUGUGGGAGUUUUCUAUGAUUUUUGUUGUUUAUCGAUUCGAAGAUUCAUUGCCCUAUACGGAUUUUGUAUCUGCUCUGUUUUCUUGUUCUUCACGUUGGGUGUUCAUGAUCGUGUUCUUCAGCAUUAUCUUUCGUUUUGCCUGCAUUAUUGUGUUGUUGAUUUUCUUUUUCUGUUCCCCAUUUUGGGGGAAACGCCAUGGAUGACGGAUUUGGGCGACUUUACGGUGCUUGUUUUCUGAGAUUUUAGAACGGAUAUUCGAGUAGAAUCGGCUUAUUCAGAUGGGUAAUAAAUGUAUUGGGUCGAGGAAGGAUGGGAUUUUGUGUUCGAUUACUCAAGCGAUUUGGUGGUCUCGAGCGGGUAUGGUUUCUUCUCAUACUAAAAAAAAGAGGGCUAAAAACCCUAACCCUAACCCUAAUCAAGUAGUUCAAAAUACUCCCCCUGAACCAGUGAAGAUUGUUGAUGAUAGGGUCAAACCAUUGGAAUGGGAGGAUAAUGCAGCGGAAGAAUUAAACCCCAAGGAAGAAUUGAUCAUCAUCAACCCUGUAGAGCCUUUGUUGUCUGAGGAAGAAUUGAUCAAACCAGCUGAACAACCAUCAAGCUAUGAUGAACAGAAGCUACGCGUCGAAUCUCCGGUUAAAUCGGGAAAGCCAAAGGAAUCAGAUGGUAAUGGUAGUAAUAAUGUUUCUGAAGAUUUGAUGAAGGAGAAGAAGACAAAGAAAAUAGUGAGUGCAGGUUUGCAGGUUGAGUCAGUUUUGCAAACAAAAACUGGUCAUCUAAGGGAGUAUUACAGCUUGGGAAGGAAACUUGGACAUGGCCAGUUUGGGACGACUUUUCUUUGCGUUGAGAAGUCGACUGGGAAAGAGUAUGCCUGUAAAUCGAUAGCGAAAAGGAAGUUGGCGACGAUAGAAGACGUCGAGGAUGUGAGGAGAGAGAUUCAGAUAAUGCAUCAUUUAAUUGGUAUUCCCAGCGUUGUUUCUAUUAAAGGAGCUUAUGAAGAUGCUGUGUCUGUACAUGUCGUCAUGGAACUGUGCGAAGGCGGCGAGCUUUUCGAUCGGAUUGUUAAGCUCGGGCAUUACACUGAAAGACAGGCAGCUGAUCUUGCAAGAACCAUUGUAGGGGUAAUAGAAGCUUGCCAUUCUCUUGGUGUCAUGCACCGUGACCUCAAACCCGAGAAUUUUCUUUUUGUCGAUGGACGCGAGGACUCGCCUUUGAAAGCUAUCGAUUUCGGGUUGUCUGUCUUCUUUAAGCCAGGGGAAAUAUUUAGGGAUGUGGUUGGGAGUCCUUACUAUGUGGCACCAGACGUUCUGUGCAAACUAUAUGGCCCAGAAGCUGAUGUUUGGAGUGCCGGUGUGAUGCUUUACAUACUUUUAAGCGGGGUGCCGCCAUUUUGGGCAGAAACCGAGCAAGAGAUAUUUGACGAAGUUUUGCACGGAGAUCUCGACUUCACGUUAGAUCCCUGGCCAAGUAUUUCUGACAGCGCCAAAGAUUUGGUAAGGAGGAUGCUCGUUAGAAACCCGAAAGAGCGGCUCUCUGCUCAUGAAGUUCUAUGCCAUCCCUGGCUUCAGGUUGAUGGAGUGGCUCCAGAUAAACCUCUUGAUUCUGCAGUCUUGAGUCGUUUGAAACAGUUUUCUGCAAUGAACAAGCUCAAGAAAAUGGCUUUGAGAGUCAUUGCUGAGAGCCUCUCUGAAGAAGAGAUCGCCGGGUUGAAGGAAAUGUUUAAGAUGAUCGAUACCGACAACAGUGGCCAAAUUACGGCCGAAGAGCUCAAGGAUGGACUCAACAGAUUUGGAGCAAAUCUGAAUGAGACUGAGAUAAAAGAUCUUAUGCAAGCUGCUGAUUUUGACAACAAUGGCUGCAUUGACUAUGGAGAGUUCAUAGCAGCAACACUUCAUUUGAACAAAGCUGAGAGAGAAGAUCAUCUCUUUGCAGCUUUCCAAUACUUCGACAAGGACGGGAGUGGUUAUAUCACGCAAGACGAACUUCAAAAAGCCUGCGAAGAUUUCGGCAUCGAAAGCAUUCACUUGGAAGAGAUGAUCGGAGAAGUCGAUCAGGACAAUGACGGUCGUAUCGAUUACAACGAGUUCGUGGCGAUGAUGCAGAAGGGAAAUGGUGAUUUGGGGAAGAAGGGUCAACAGAGUACUAACUUUAGCAUUGGUUUUAGGGAGGCACUUCCUGUUUGUUAGCAAAUCAGGAGAAAUUUUCCCUCUCUCUCUCACAAAUUCUUUCUUGUGACUGUAUAAAAUCUGUACAAGGUUUAACUAUUGCUUGGUUUUGAUAAGUAAAAUGUAAAUUAUCUGCUUCUUUUA